AUGCCUGGAACCAGCAGGUAUCCUGAUACGCCUCAACCGGUCAUGUACACUCAUGUUGUAGAGACACCCCGCUCAGAGCAGGAACCUCUACUGCCAAACUCAUACUACGAUGUCAACCAGAGUUCCAGCACUCUUAAUUCCCAGAGGUUCGAUCCUAGCAGGAAGCGUUUACACACACCUGCUGUGCUUUAUCCUGUCAGGGGAAUGAUAUAUCUUUACUACAAUCCAAUCCUAUGGAGGGUCAUCCGGGGCAGGAUCGUCCCUUGUCUAAUUCUAUCUCUCUGCGUCACGAUCUUCCUCUUCAUGCUACUCUACAUCCCUCUAGCGGCAAUAAUGUCCUUCCUAACUGGCCCAAUCGCCCUUCUUAACGCCGCUGUCACUAUUUUGACACUCGCCGCAAAUCUCAAUUCCGCACUCUGCGAAGGUUUCUUACUAGAGCAGAGUCUGAUAAACAUGUUUGAUGCGGUUUUGCUCUUAGAACAUCACCACGAACUAGUAGAAGAAGGCCAAGAGGUUAUUGCGAACGCACCAGAUGUUGUAGCUUCGUUGGGUGAAUACAAGGUCCCGACGAGUUUAAGACCGCAGUGGAAGGCUAUUUUUGAAUUUAUAUUCUUUAGCCCGGUAUCCUUCAUUCCUAUUGUCGGUCCGUUCAUAUUCCUUGCUAUUCAGGGUAACCGUGCUGGGCCUAUCGCACACUAUUGGUACUUCCGUCUAAAAGGACUGGACAAGAAGCAGCAAAAGGCGUUUAUCAAGAAUUAUCAUUGGUCCUAUCUGAACUUCGGGACAAUGGCUAUCGGCCUACAAUUUAUCCCCAUGCUUUCUAUCCUGGUUGCCUUUACAAAUGCGAUCGGCGCGGCGCUUUGGGCUAUUAGACUCGAAUACCGUGAAAAGAAACAUCGUCAGUUCGUGGCAGCAAACCAUCCGCAUCGACCAGAGGAGACGCAUUAUGCACAUGGACAUCAUGGUCACAUUGCAUAA